GCCUGCGCGCUGGGUGCCGGCACCCGACCCGGUGGUUCGGCCCGAAGGCUGCGGCCUGCCGCGCUCCGAAGGAAAGGCCCGAAACUGCCGCCUGCCAGCCCCCCCGGCCCGGCCUCCCCUGACAGCGCAGCCCCUCGGCUCCCCCUCCUGCUCUGCGGGCACCCCGCGGCCCGGCUUCCAUCAUAGAGCCAUGGAGAAGUUUGGCAUGAACUUCGGAGGUGGGCCAAGUAAGAAAGAACUUCUGGAAACAAUUGAAUCGCAGAAGAAGCAGCUUCUGAAUUACCAGGCUCGGCUGAAGGACGUGGUGAUAGCCUACAAGAGCCUCAUCAAUGAGAAGGAAGCCUUGGAAGCCAGCUUGAAGGUGUUGUCGGCGUCUCACGAGGCUGACGUUGGCCUGAGUGGUGCUCAGCCUGCGUGCGUGGCUGCCUCCUGCUCUUCUCCUGCUGAUCCCACUGAUGAUAAGAGCUCGGUUCACAGCGAGGACAGCAUGGGGACGGCGACCAGCGCGGACACGACGGCCAGCUUGGCCAGUGCAAAGGGCGAGCAGGGCGCUGAGGAUGAUAAACCUGCUGCAGCUGCACCCUCUCUUAAAGCAGAAGAGACAAAUGGUUCGGAGAGCGGUGUCAGCACGAGCAGUGGGGAUGUGUCCUGUGCUGCCAGUGAGGCUGAUAAGAGGGUGCUUCAGCUGAAGACCCAGCUGGCCACCUUGACCAGCGCUCUGUCAACGGUCACGCAGGAAAAGUCCCGCAUGGAAGCCUCGUACCAAGCCGACAAGAAGAAGAUGAAGCAGGACCUGGAUGACGCUGUUAAAAAAGCAGAGGAUGAGACCGAAAGGUUGGAGACGGAGCUGAGGUCUGUCCAGGAGCAGCUCGCUGAGACCAAAGCCCGUCUGAUCACACAGCAGCAUGACCGAGCCCAGGAGCAGAGUGACCACGCUGUUAUGCUGAGAGAGCUGCAGAAGCUGCUGCAGAGUGAGAGGGCGUUGAGGCAGGACGCAGAGCUGAAGCUGGAGGAGACCAGGGAGGUGCUGGCUGGACGGGUGUGCAUGGCUGACCGUGCGGAGGGCUACGAGCUGCAGAUCAAGCAGCUGAGCCAGGAGGUGGAGGACCUGAAGAGAGAGCUGCAGGCUGUUCAGGAGGAGAGAAAGAAGCCAGACCCCCGGGUGCAGGACCUGCAGGAGGAGCUGGCCAGCCUUAAGAACCACUUCCAAGCACAGCUGCUGCAGGAGAUGAGGAAGACUGCACAGGCAGAGGAACAGCUCCGGCAGCACGCCCAGAUGGAGGAGCAGCGUGUGGCAGACCUGGAGGGACAGGUCUCUGAGGUAUCAGGGCUGCUGGGCACUUACGAGAAGGCCAAGCAGAAGGACCAAAUGGUCAUCCAAAAGCUGAAGGACCGCAUCGUGCAGCUGGACCAGGAGAACAAAACCCUGGCCAUCGCGGCCUCCAGCCGAUCCCCUGCUGAUGUAAACGUGGAAGAAGCCAAUCUGGAUGUGAACGUUCUCAAGGAUAAGAUGGAGAAGCUGAAGAAACUGCUGCAGGCAGCAGCAAAGAAGAGUCAGCCCACGUUGGACAUUGAGAAGCUGUGUGAGCUGGAGCUGCCGAAGGGCACCGAGGCCGGGGAUGGCGAGAAGGCCACAGCUUUGUACUAUCAGCAGGAGCUGAAGCAGCUGAAGGAAGAGUUUGAAAGGUACAAGAUGAGGGCACAAGUGGUUCUCAAGAACAAGUCAGUCAAAGAUGGCAAUCUGGCCAAAGAACUGGAGGAAGCUCAGGAGCAGCUAGCUGACCUGAAGGAGAAAUACGUGGUGCUUCAGCUGUCCUCCGAGGAGGUGGAGAAGCAGCACCAGCUGGACAUGGAAGCCAAGAAGCAAGAGUUCUCCCAGCUGCAGCAGCUGCACAAGCAGGAGCUGGAGCGCUGCCAGCUGGAAUACAGGGAACGGGCACUGAAGCUGGAAGAAGAGAUGCACAAGCAGAGGGACCGGGCGUUGGCGGUGUUGGCUGAGAAGGACCAAGAACUGGAGCAGCUGAGAUCCGUUAUGUUGCCUUACACCGGGCUCCAGGGCUCCAAGAACUACAUGACACCGGGGACUGACACUGCGAGCGGUGACCCCCCAGCUAACGGCUCCACAGAGAUCCUCCCCCAGGCUCUCCACCUCUCCACCAAUGCAGAGCCCACCUUCAUCCUGUAUGCGGAGCAGCUGGCCCGCAAAGAGGUGGAAAUCGUAGCGCUGAGGAAGCAGAAGCACAAGCUAGAAAUGCAAGUUCACCAGCUCCAGGAGAAAGUCUUGGUGGAGGAGGAGAGGCAUCGGGAAGAGGUGUCAGCACUUCAGAACGAAAUCCAGAAGAACUUCAGAGAUAAGAGUAGAGAAGGAGCCAACCUGGAGUACCUGAAGAACAUCGUCUAUAGGUUUUUGACGCUGCCGGAUUCCCUCGGCCGCCAGCAGACUCUCACUGCCAUAUUGACUAUUCUGCACUUCAGCCCAGAGGAAAAGCAGGCUGUCAGAAAGCAGUCAGCACACAGCAGCUGGUGGCUGUCGGGGAAGAGAUGAGCUGGUUGUGG